AUGCCCCCAACCCCAGCACCAAACCCCGACCCAAACCAAGGACUCAACCAUAUAACCAUAACCCUCUCAUCAGGCACAAUAGCGCACACAUGGAUACCCAACACCCAACCAACCGCAACUAUUGUGUUACAGCACGGUUACGCGGAAUACGCAUCCCGGUACCUACACUCGCACCACAACCUCAUCACACACUUCCUCGCCGCCGGAUACACCGUCUUCGCCAUGGACAUUUGGGGUCACGGUUCCUCCCCAGGUAAUGUUCGCGCAGUAGCUCACGUGGGAAAAGCCGUCGUUGAUCACCUUGAACUACGCGACCACGCCGUGAAGCUGGGGAAGCCAGUGAUACUGUUUGGACAUUCGCUCGGUGGCCUCAUUACUGCUGGGAGCGUAACACUGAAUUCAAAUGACACAAAGGGGGUAAUUCUCACCGGUCCCGCAUUCCCAGGUCCGUUCCCCUACGCAGCGAGAUUAGCGGUAGGCGUAGCAGCGCGCACGAUGCCAACAGCUUCUAUACCGGGUCGCCACGUCGACAUCUCAGGCCUUACACGGUGUAGACCUGAGAUUGAAAAGUAUCUGGCUGAUCCGUUGUUUUCGAAGAAGGCAAUCUGCUUCUUGACUGCUGCUACGGCUGUGGAUGUUACGGAUGCUGUCAUGGCGAAAGUGGGAGAUUGGACUGUGCCGACGAUGGUGCUGCAUGGGAAUGCAGAUACGUAUUGUGAUUGGAGGGGCAGUGAGAGGUUUGUGCAGGCGAUAAGAAGUGAGGAUAAAGAAUUCGGUGUUUAUGCAGGGGGAAGGCAUGAGCUGUUACAUGAUGAGUGUGGGGAUGAGGUUCUGCUGAAGGUAUUGGGAUGGGUGCAGAAACAUGUUUAG